CUGCUUGGUGUUCAGCAUGUUCGGCCUCCGCCUCCUCCGCAGGCGCACCGCUAACCACGCCACAGCCGCGUUUCACUCGAAGCCUCCACCGACUAGUGCUGAGAAUGCGUCAUUGCUACGAGACCUGGAGACGGCAAUGAAGACGGACCCAGAGGCGGCGCAGAAGCUGAGCGGCUUGUUGUCACCAGCCACGACGCGGAACUUGUCUCGGGCGCUAAAAUCUGUACGAACGAGCACGCCAGCGAGUGAAACUGCGAAUGCUGCUGCUGUGACGCCCCCGACAACGCAGGAGCUCAAGAUGGUGGCGUUGCAGAUGGGGCUGCCGUUCAUCGGCUUCGGCUUCGUGGACAACUUCAUCAUGAUCAUCGCCGGAGACUACAUUGACCUCACGCUGGGCGUGUCGCUUGGUAUUUCAUCCAUGGCAGCAGCCGGCAUCGGCAACACCAUCUCGGAUAUUGCGGGUCUGGGACUGGGCAACGUGGUCGAAGAUUUCUGCGCGCGAAUUGGACUUCCUGUUCCAGCACUGACCAACGAGCAGAUGCUAUUGAAGAGCACACGACUGGCGAAGGUCACAGGCAGCUCUAUCGGCGUAACUAUCGGCUGUCUGUUGGGCAUGGUUCCACUGCUAUUCCUCGAGACGAGGCCAAAGAAUGACAACCCCGCCCCAUCAAAGCCAACGGCCAUCGCUUCCGACGUAGCGCGUUCUGUGCUGCAAUGGUUCGAGAGCAACUCGCAAUGCCAGAAGAAAGUUCUCCCCUCAGAGUGGACGGUCCUCGCAGGCAUCGUAUUGUGCUCCCCAUCCUCAGAGCCCAACGAUAAACUCCGCGUUCUAGCAGUAGCUACGGGCAACAAAUGCCUCGGUCGACGCGACCUGAACGCCGAUGGCCUCGUAGUCAACGAUUGCCACGCUGAAGUGCUGGCCAGACGAGCGCUCCUCCGCUAUUUGUACGCCGAGGCGCUCUCUUGGCAGGAAAACGGGCUGGAGCUAAGUGAGCAUUCGAUCUUCGAGCGACAUUCAACGUCGCGUCGUCUAGUACUUAAGCCACAGCAUUCGCUGCAUCUCUUCAUCAGCGAAGCGCCCUGUGGCGACGCCGCCAUCUACGAACUGCGUCACGAUGUUGUCGAUGAAUUAGUGCAGCAACGCGAAGCCAAGACUGGACAGGCGGGUCAGAGAGAGCGGAGUGCGUUACGUCUGACAGGAGCCAAAGCGCACAGCAAGCGGCCGAGAGAUGAAGACGCUGAUGACACGCCGCCAGACAAGAAAUUCGCACAAGCAGUUGGCAUUGCGCGUGUGAAGUCUGGACGAUCCGAUCUACCGCUGGAGAAGCAGACGUUGUCCAUGAGUUGCUCUGAUAAACUGGCCAAGUGGAACGCACUAGGACUGCAAGGCUCGCUGCUGUUGCAGUGGUUUGAGCCGAUCUUUUUAAGCUCCUUCAUUUCGUCGACGGGCUUCUGA